GACUUCACCGAUGCACACAGUUCUACAUUAUCUUUUGCUCUUACAAGUCUCACUAAGCAAUCAAUAUGUUGAAAUACUUUUGUUGUUACUUAGCUAUUUUUGUUGUUUCCAAACCGUGUCUUGUUGAUGGGCAAGGUGUCGAGAAGAAAAAUAGUCUUGUCUUUGUCAUAGAUGAUACCGGGUCUAUGGCCGAUGACAUAGAUGAAGCUAAGAAACAAGUGGACAGUAUUUUUGAUGCUGCUCUGAAAGAAAAUGAUUCGACGAUCAAAGACUUCGUUAUUGUGACCUUUAAUGACCCGGAUGUAGCACACCGGACAACGACCGAGAACCGCACAGUAUUCAAGAAAGCUCUAGAAGAUAUAACAGUAAAUGGUGGUGGUGACUGUGAAGAGAUGGCUUUAACUGGACUGAAACUCGCUCUGGAGAACAGUCGAGAUGGCUCCAUAGUCUAUUUGUUCACCGAUGCUGACGCGAAAGAUCUUGAUAAGGCGGAAACAGUGAAGAAGCUAGCAAAAGAAAAACAAUGCAGGCUAUUCUUCAUGAUGACUGGUAAUUGCAACUACGGAGUAAACGCUCCCGGCCAUCGCGUCUUCUUUGAUUUGGCCGAAGCCACACAAGGUCAAGUUUUCACUCUCACCAAAAAGGAAGUAGGACAGGCAUUACACCAUGCUGUUGAAUCUGUUAGACCAUCAGAUAUUAUUGCUUCCUCCGCAUUUGGAGCAGCUGGAGUGGUUAGUGACAUAGUACCAGCGUCUAAUACAAUAAAUUUCAAUGUGGCCGAAAACGUGAAGGAGGUUCUUAUUUCCGUAUCAGGUGUUGGGAUCAGCGUUGAUGUGACAGACUCUGCUGGUGGCAAACCCAAGACUGAGGAAACUGCUAAAACCUCUGGUUCUACGAUCGUCAAAGUCCUCGACGUGAAACCAGGGAAAUACACAGCUACCGUGUUCAGUGCUGGUGAAACAUCUGUGGUUAUUACUGGCAUCACUAAGGGUGGAGAAUCAUCGAAAAUUGUUUAACACUUAACACGUGAUAAGAAAAGAAAUUGG